GAGGAACGAAACUUCCGCUCCGCCGAGAGGCAAGAUGGCCACGGCUGGGGGCGGCUCUGUGGCGGACCUGGGAAGUCGGGGUCUUCUUCGCCUUCUGUCCUUCUGCAUCCUCCUGGCAGGUUUGUGUGGAGGAAACUCAGUGGAGAGGAAGAUCUACAUCCCUUUAAAUAAAACAGCUCCUUGUGUCCGUCUGCUCAAUGCCACUCAUCAGAUUGGCUGUCACUCUUCCAUUAGCGGGGACACGGGGGUCAUCCACGUAGUGGAGAGAGAAGAGGACCUGCAGUGGGUGUUGACUGAUGGCCCCAACCCCCCUUACGUGGUUCUGCUGGAGGGCACUCUGUUUACCAGGAAGGUGAUGGAGAAGCUGAAGGGGAGCACCAGUCGAAUUGCUGGUCUUGCAGUGUCCUUGGCCAAGCCCAGUCCCGCCUCAGGCUUUUCUCCUAGCGUGCAGUGUCCCAAUGACAGGUUUGGUGUUUACUCCAACUCCUAUGGGCCAGAGUUUGCACACUGCAGAAAAAUACAAUGGAACUACCUGGGCGAUGGCUUGGCUUAUGAAGACUUUAGUUUCCCCAUAUUUCUUCUUGAAGAUGAAAAUGAAACCAAUGUCAUCAAGCAGUGCUAUCGAGAUCACAACCUGAGUCAGAAUGGCUCAGCACCAGCCUUCCCGCUGUGUGCCAUGCAGCUCUUCUCACACAUGCACGCUGUCAUCAGCACUGUCACCUGCAUGCGGCGCAGCUCUAUCCAGAGCACCUUUAGCAUCAACCCAGAAAUCGUUUGUGAUCCCCUGUCCGACUACAACGUAUGGAGCAUGCUUAAGCCUAUAAAUACAUCUGGGACAUUAGAGCCUGAUGACAGGGUUGUGGUUGCCGCCACUCAGCUGGACAGUCGUUCCUUUUUCUGGAAUGUGGCGCCCGGGGCUGAGAGUGCUGUUGCCUCCUUCGUCACCCAGCUGGCUGCAGCUGAAGCUUUGCACAAGGCACCUGAUGUGACCACCCUGCCUCGCAACGUCAUGUUUGUCUUCUUCCAAGGGGAAACUUUUGACUACAUUGGCAGCUCGAGAAUGGUCUAUGACAUGGAGAAGGGCAAGUUUCCUGUGCAGUUAGAAAACAUUGACUCGUUCGUGGAGCUGAGACAGGUGGCCUUAAGAAAGUCACUAGAGCUUUGGAUGCACACAGACCCUGUUUCUCAGAAGAAUGAGUCAGUACGCAACCAGGUGGAGCAUCUCCUGACCACACUGGAGCAGAGUGGUACUGGCGUCCCUGAUGUGGUCCUCCGGAGGCCAGCCCAGUCCCAGCCUCUCCCACCAUCUUCUCUACAGCGAUUUCUUCGAGCUCGAAAUAUCUCAGGUGUUGUUCUUGCCGACCACGCCACUGUCUUCCAUAACCGCUAUUACGAGAGCAUGUAUGACACCGCUGAGAACAUCAAUGUGAGCUACCCUGAGUGGCAGAGCCCUGAAGAGGACCUGAGCUUUGUGACAGACACUGCCAAGGCCCUUGCAGAUGUGGCCACGGUGCUGGGACGUGCACUGUACCAGCUUGCAGGAGGAACGAAAUUCAGCAACACUAUUCAGGCUGAUCCCCAAACAGUCACCCGCCUGCUCUAUGGCUUCCUGGUUAGAGCCAACAACUCAUGGUUCCAGUCUAUCCUCAGGCAGGACCUAAGGUCCUACUUGGGUGACGGGCCUCUGCAGCAUUACAUCGCUGUCUCCAGCCCCACCAACACCACUUACGUUGUACAGUGUGCCUUGGCAAAUUUGACUGGCAAGGUGGUCGACCUUACCCGCGAGCAGUGCCAGGAUCCAAGUAAAUCCCCCAAUGAAAACAAGGAUCUGUAUGAGUACAUGUGGGUUCAGGGCCCUCUGAACUCCAACAAGACAGACCGGCUCCCUCGGUGUGUACGUUCCACGGCACGACUGGCCAGGGCCUUGUCCCCUGCCUUUGAACUCGGGCAGUGGGGCUCUACUGAGUACUCUACAUGGACUGAGAGCCGCUGGAAAGACAUCCACGCCCGGAUAUUUCUGAUAGCCAGCAAAGAGCUUGAGAUCAUCACCCUGGUGGUGGGCUUUGGCGUCCUAAUCUUCUCUCUGGUCGUCACCUACUGCAUCAACGCCAAAGCUGAUGUCCUUUUCAUUGCUCCACGGGAGCCGGAUGCUGUGUCUUUCUGAGGAGAACCCCAGCUUUUCCUGCCAGCUCUGUGGUUCAUUUCCUAGAUCAUUUGUCCCACUGGGACAGAAACCACUAGUUUGUCACUGGAACCUCUCUGGGCCUGGCUCAGACUGGGAUUAACAUACACAAGUGGAACUGCCCAAAAGAGACAGAGAUAAACAAGUCUCCUCCCCUCCCCAGCUCCCCUUCCUGUCUUCCCUUUCCUGGUUCUUCUUUCUCCCCCUGUCGGAAUCUGGGAUGACAAACAGAAGCAUCUUGCUCCUGUUUAACUCCUCGCCAUCCCGCCUAACUUAAUCUCCUUCAGGAUCCCGUCUCUACUCUUUCCAUCCUGUCCUGUACCUUCCUCUACUCCCCCCCCAACCUCCUGUACCUAUCCACCUUCCUGACCAGGAAGAAUGACAGGAAGGCUCGAAUGCCAGGAACAACUGAGAGGAAGCCCUGAGGACAGGGCCGAGCCUGCGUCUCCCUCCCGCCGUCCUGUCUCCAGGCCCUGAGAUGGCCCAUCAGGGCGGGUGUGCUGCCGGGUGGGUAUCCCACCUCCAGCCCACAGUGCUCAUGUGUCAUUUUUUUAAGCUGUAAUAUCUAUUUUUGUUGUUUUGUUUUCCUUUGUGUGUGUGCGUGUGUGUAUGUGUGUGUAAAUAUAUAAAUAAUGGGUUUCAUUAAAAUAGAGUAUCCCACACAA